CGUAGUUAACAAAUUUUGUGGGACUCAUCUUCAUGUUUCACAUGAUUUUAUAUUUUUUAUUAAAUCUGCUUAUAAAUAUGGAUUUUAUAUUGAUCUUGUAGAUCAAAAGAGUAAUUGGAUACUGUUAUCGUUUCACCUAGCGGCCAACUGCUAAUCAUCAUCAGAAAUGGCGACGAAGUCUUCCAAUGGAACGACGACGAAAUCACCACCGAUGCCUUCCCCUCUGCGUAAUUCCAAGUUUUUGCAGUCGAAUAUGAGGAUCUUAGUGACAGGAGGAGCUGGAUUUAUUGGUUCACAUCUGGUUGACAGAUUGAUGCAAAACGAAAAGAAUGAAGUUAUUGUUGCAGAUAAUUACUUCACAGGAUCAAAAGACAAUCUCAAGAAAUGGAUUGGUCAUCCAAGAUUUGAGCUCAUUCGUCAUGAUGUGACCGAACCUCUAAUGGUAGAGGUGGAUCGAAUCUACCAUUUAGCAUGUCCUGCAUCUCCAAUUUUCUACAAAUACAAUCCUGUUAAGACGAUAAAAACAAAUGUGAUUGGCACACUUAACAUGUUGGGACUAGCUAAACGAGUUGGAGCAAGAAUCUUGCUUACUUCCACAUCUGAAGUGUAUGGUGAUCCUCUUGUCCAUCCUCAACCCGAGACCUAUUGGGGAAAUGUAAACCCGAUCGGUGUUAGAAGCUGUUACGAUGAAGGAAAACGUGUUGCGGAGACUCUGAUGUUUGAUUACCAUAGGCAACAUGGGAUUGAAAUACGCAUAGCGAGGAUAUUCAACACAUAUGGUCCUCGUAUGAACAUUGAUGAUGGUCGUGUCGUGAGCAACUUCAUUGCGCAGGCUCUCAGGGGAGAAGCUCUGACUGUUCAGAAACCGGGAACACAAACCCGCAGUUUCUGUUAUGUUUCAGACAUGGUGGAUGGCCUAAUGCGACUGAUGGAAGGAGACCAAACCGGACCAAUCAAUAUAGGCAACCCCGGCGAAUUCACGAUGGUUGAGCUAGCUGAGACAGUUAAAGAGCUUAUAAAACCGGACGUGGAGAUAAAAAUGGUGGAGAACACACCAGAUGAUCCGCGACAGAGGAAACCGGACAUAAGCAAAGCUAAAGAAAUUCUUGGUUGGGAACCAAAGGUGAAGCUCCGCGAAGGACUUCCUCUUAUGGAAGAAGAUUUUCGUCUCAGGCUUGGUGUUUUCAAGAAGUGAAGUUUCAAGCAGUGAAAAUGUGUUUUUGGUUUUCAAUGAAAAUGUGUGUUUAAUCAUUCUUUUUGCAAUUUGAGUUUGUUGAGAAUAAGUGUCCCAGCGAGGAACAUUCUAAAAAAUGAUGUUUUACUACUUUGGGGUUUUAUUAUGAGGAUGUGAUCAAUGAGAUGCUUUGUGCUUAUUUGACAA